AUGGCAGCCUCAGACGAAUGCAAGCUCCUCAGAAAGAUCUUCAAAAAAUGUCCUCUACUCUUCAGCUUAUUCUGCACAGAGAAGCAAUCCCACAAAAAACUGAAAAUCAUCGUUGGUCGGCAGAGGUGUCCUAAAGCCGUUGUGAUCACUUUCAUCAUCGCUGGUCCCGUAGAAAACCUAGGAAACAACGGCAAAGAAGUUGUACGUGUUUUCGCAUGCACCACGUCGUUGACGUUCAAUCUGACCAAAACCAGGUUUGAACUCAUGUUUAAACCGUUCACGCAAGCGAUAUUUGGUAUGAAGACUGGCGUAGACGAGAUCAAAGAUACUGUGAAGUCUAUCAAAGACGUCUCUGCGCCUGUUAUCGGUGAAAUAGAAGAUGAGAAGGAAGUCAGAAAGAUGAAAGAGGAGAACGAUUAUAUUGACGAACUUGUAGGCGAUACGAAAAGAUCUGAACUGAUGAAUCAAAAGUAUGAAACGGUGGGUGAACAAGCCGAAGCUGAGAAGUUUGAAAAAAAUGUAUAUGAAGAAGAUAGAGAUGAGGUGCCAGAAUCAAUUCACUAAGGCUGCACAGAGAUGUAGAAAAAUGUUUGCGAGUGCUUAUGACAAGUGUUAUGACGCUGUCACUUGG